GAAUUAAUAAAUGAAAAAUUUGCUUCAAAAAGCAAGUCUAUUCGGCUCUUACUAUCAUUCAUCCAAAGUUCGCCAAUGAUGAGGUUAACGACGACGAUUUCCUUUCAUUUGCUACUGACAUUUGUGGAGACAUUCGACAUGCAGUGCGACUAUGUUAACAGUGGCUGGUAUAUUGUCGGCAAUAUCAAGAAUUGUUAUGCUAGAAAUUUAACUGUAGAUGGGCCUGACCAAUUUGUGGACAGUGUUAACGGUGAUACAACCACGAUACUGGAAGAUGUUCUUGGUUUUUGGGUUCAAAAUCAAGUAUGCCACUACAUUCCACAGAAGAUGGUCGCAUUUAUGCCAAACUUGAAGGCGUUUGGAUUGUCAAACUCUGGACUCAAAACGAUAUCGAAAUUCGAUCUUGCACCAUUUCCCGAUUUGAUACGGAUUGCCUUUUACGGAAAUCAGCUGGAAUACAUUGACGGCGAUUUAUUCACACUAAAUACCAAAAUUCAAUCCAUAAACUUGGAGGACAAUAAUUUGCUGAUCAUCAAUGGGCCCGUACUAAAACCGCUAUUGUUUUUGAAUUAUGUUGCGUUUAAAUUGCCAUGUUUCAAUAAGAAGUGUGAACAUAGUGGCUGUAUACCGGAAAUCAAAAUGCGAUUCAGCGAAAAGUGCGAAUUCGAUUCAAUUUAUCCGGGCUUCACGAAAUACUUUAAAAGUUUGAAGCGAACGGUGGAGAUAUGUAAUCGCAUAUGAUGACUGAGCUGGUGCAAAAAGCCUUC